CCUCAUUAUGAAUGUGGUGUAAUGCAGCCAUUUGCCAGUGCCACUGAUGAAGCUGGUGGCAGAUUGGAUUGCGCAUUCAUCCAUUCAAGUGGCAUUAGAAUCGCCUUUGGGGCGUCAUUAGGGCUGCAAAGCUGACUCCACAGUUUCAGAUCAAGCCAUCAUGCAGAGUUGCACAGUUGUUGGCGCUGCGGCGCCCCAAGUUGCUGCUUGCCUGGGGCAGCACAGACUGGCAAAGUCUGGUGCGCAACACCAGUUCGCUGCCAAGAUCCACCCCCAAUUCUCCAAGUCUGUCUCCAAGCCAAGCAGCACCAGCAAGAGAGCAUGUGUUGUAGCCUCCAGCGAUGAAACUACAGCUGCCCCUUCAACCACAAGAAGGGAGAUCCUCCUAGGGGCUGCCACCGCCCUGAGCCUUGCCGCUCUCCCCGCGCAGGCUGCAAACGCUCCUGCAGGUUUCAAGGUCUCAGAGGAUGCCUCUGAAGGAUUCAAAUUCCUGUACCCCUUCGGAUGGGAGGAGGUCUCGGUUAAGGGGCAGAAGGUUGUGUACAAGGACGUAAUCGAGCCCCUGGAGAGUGUCAGCGUGACAGUUAUUGGCACCGAGAAGGAAAAGCUGAGCGAGAUUGGGAGCCCACAAGAGGUCGCCCAAAACCUGAUUGAUCAGGUGCUAACGUCACCCACUCAAGAGCCCAAGCUCUUGUCUGUGAACGAGAAAAGCGACGGCAACGGGAAGACGUACUACCAGUUUGAGUACACGGCAAAGUCCCGCAACUUCACGAGGCAUGCGUUGACGACCGUAGGCAUUUCUAGAGGAAAAUUCUAUACCCUCACAACAGGAGCAAACGAGAGGAGAUGGAACAAGGUCAACAACAAGUUGCGCACUGUGGUCGAUUCGUUCUCGCUAGCAUAUUGAGCUGCAUGUGUUGCAGCAAGAAUCUAUUGAUCUGCAGAAAGUCUGAAAUUUUGUAGAAUUUCAAGAGGCGCACCCUAUCACAAAGGCCUGCUUUGCCUCGAACCAGAGCCGUGUUGCCAUCGACUGACAGUGUAGGGAACUGAAGAGCCAAGGGUUUGAACCUGAUUGCUUGCUAGAAUGUCCCUUCUGGGUUGCCUAAGAUAAUAUUGCGUGUGCAAAUCAAUCAAAAGCUGGCAGUACAUUCACAGCAACCUUCUCCUCUUCUGUCAACAUGAAUUGUGGCGGCCCAGGCUACCUCAAUGGUGGGCCUGCAGUUCUGUCCAGUCGAUCAUUGUCGAAAGCUGCUGUGCAU